AGUAUUAGAAUGGCAUAAAAUAUGGCCCAGUUCUACUACAAAAGAAGUGUCAAUGCUCCCUACAGAGAUCGUAUCCCUCUUCGUAUUGUACGGGCAGAAUCCGAACUGUCUCAUUCAGAGAAAGCCUAUCUGAAUGCCGUGGAAAAAGGAGAUUAUGCCAGUGUAAAGAAAGCUUUGGAGGAAGCAGAAAUUUAUUUCAAGAUUAAUAUUAAUUGCAUCGAUCCCCUGGGAAGAACUGCACUCCUUAUUGCAAUUGAAAAUGAGAACCUGGAGCUCAUUGAGCUGCUCUUAAGUUUUAACGUAUAUGUGGGAGAUGCUCUGCUGCAUGCCAUACGAAAGGAGGUAGUUGGUGCCGUGGAGCUGCUUUUAAACCACAAGAAGCCCAGUGGGGAGAAACAG